AUGGCGAUUUCGUCUCCGGGUAGCUACCGAUUUCGUCUCCAGGGAGCUGGCGAUUUCUUCUCAGGGGAGCUGGCGAUUUCGUCUCAGGGGAGUUGGCGAUUUCGUCUCAGGGGAGCUGGCGAUCUUGUCUCGGGCGCGCUGGCGAUUUCGUCUCAAGCGCACCACAGGCAAUUUCGUCUCAGGCGCACCAUUGGCGAUCUCGUCUCAGGCGCGCCUGAGGCGAUUUUGUCACUUAGUCAGGGCCCGCUGGGUCACGCGCGCCCGCUGGCAGAAAGCUGCACUGUCUUCCGCUCCGACAAGGACCGCUCCUAUGACCUCAUCUCGCCCUCUGUCAAGUAUGUGCAACCUCUCUCCACCGUUUCUCCUCCCUUUAGCUCCCCCCUUUUCCGUCUUCCCCAGGCUCUUGCUCCAAUUCGCUCACCCGCUUCCUCUCUGCAACUUCUCCUCACCCUAUUUCCCCCACUCUCUCCCCGUCCACCCCCACUCCCUUCCCGCCCACCCCCGCCCACCACCGCCCACCCACUUCCACCGCACAGCGCCAUGGUGGUGAAAAUCGUCAACACGAACAACGUUUUGGUGCUCGGGGUGAAUUUCAAGAUGCCCGUUUCGACUGUCGGGCAGCUGGACUGCAAUUAUAUCGAGACGCGCUAUAUUGACUUCAUUGGAAAAUACGCCUGCCCUGCUGUGUGGCUGUACCGAGUAUGGGGUGUACAAGUGGUGCAGUCCGCCCUCCACGUCUAUACUCAUCUUCCUAUCCUCAUCUUCCUAUCCUCAUCUUCCUAUCCUCAUCUGCCAUGGCAGGGCAACGUGUACGGGCGAGUGGAGGUGGCGAGAGCAAAUAAUUCAAGGAUAGACUCAAUGGAUGUGCUCGUGAAGGCAACCAACCAGCCGGGAGCCAUAGUGGUGAUGCUGUCUGGGGACGGGCCCAACCUCAUCCGCAGCAACGUUGUGAUCUCCAACAACAAUGUUCGGACGGAGGGCACCGUCGGCCAGGGCGCAGCCUCCCCUCCUUCCCCAUUCCUCCCUUCCCCCCUCCCCCCCCCCAACAUUGACUGCAUUGUGGGCAUCAUGCUAUACCGGGCAGCAGUGGGAGUCGAUGUGAUUGGCAACCGCAUUUCAAACUUCACCCUCGCGAGCAUGCAGCUGGGAUGGGGGCAGUCGAUGGUCGGUUAUGCAACAUACAACAGACCCUCUCAGCUCCCCUGCGUUCCUAUCCCGUUCCCAACUUCUCAUUGCAGUGUCGGCAUCAUGCUAUACCGGGCAGCAGUGGGAGUCGAUGUGAUUGGCAACCGCAUUUCAAACUUCACCCUCGCGAGCAUGCAGCUGGGAUGGGGGCAGUCCAUGGUCGGCGAUGCCAUGCUCUCCCUCGUCUCCAAAAACGACAUCGUUCACGGCUUCGGGCAGCUGGGGGACAGUGCGGGUAUUUACCUCGACACGCACUGGGUAAACCCCGGGAAUGUCCUCCGGUGCAACUACGUGCGGGGGGGCGGGCACUGCCUGUAUCUCGACUGGGUGUCGUCUGGAACGGUGGUGGAUGGACUUGUGUGCGAGCAGACAGCCGAUGGCAUGAAACUCAACACCGGCAAGAAUAACGAGGUGCGGGGGAUGGUGAUUAUAGACAGCAAGGAGCCACUAGCGGGGUACAUCUCGUGCCAGAACUACGGAGUGAACAACUGCGACAAGCCCAAUGGGAUCAAGUGGAACAAAGACCUUCUGGCUUAUUACCAGACGCCAGGGAUCAAGAAGCUCUUCCCCUUCCUCACCAACUUCUGCACCAAAACUGCCAUCAACGGAGUUAACUGCAAUGAAGGCACAUCAUCGACUCCCGGUCCUUCCGCCACGGGCAGAUGUUCCGGGCUGCCCACCGAAAACAUUGCUGAGAUCGUAACAGCCACCACUGAUAAUUCCUCUCGCCUCGUUAUCUUCCACUCCAACUGCAACCCUUUCGCCGCUGUGCCGAAAUUAAACAAGCUGACCUACCUGCCCGUAAACCUUAGUGCUGCGGGGUUCAAGAACGUGACGAACCGUGACUACAGCCUCGUUCCCGGUUCGCCGAUCCUGAAAAAGUUUCCGAAGAUUCGGAGCUGCCCGGUGAACGAGAUCGGCCCCCAAAACGUUUCCUAUGCCACGUACUUCAAUCUUUUCAACCUCGCUCUGCCGGCCAUGAAGCCUAUUGCCGCCAAGCCAGCGUCCAUUGCAAAGCCUGGCAGUAUAUCGAGUCUCGCGGUGUAUGGAGGCGGGGAGGUGUCCGGCGACGUGAUGCUACAACCAAAUCCGUACGCAACGACCAAGUGGAGUGCGGAGCUGGAACGAGAGCUGCGGCCUGACUUUAUGGUGACAAUGCGGAAAUGGAUGAGGUUCUAUGGACGGCACAAUGGCCGCCGCCGCCGGCCAUCGUGGCGGCAAAAGGUGUAA